AUGUAUACUGCAAUUAGGCUACCAAGAAACUUCAUCGGAAAUGUGGCCUAUCCCAAACCUGGCCCAGCCGCGGGCCCGGAGCCCUCCCCCUCCGCUGAGCCGGCCCGAGGCGAGGGCGCAUUUGGUGAGAGUCUGGCGGCCUCUACCGGAGCGCCUCUGCAGAGGAACGUUCCCCAAAGCCGGAGACGACAUGUGGCGCUCGGGCGAGCACCUUGCAGAACAAGGAGUAGCUUGCUGACUUUGAAUGCGUGGCAAAUAUUUCAGAAAGCUUCAAGAUCAAGGUUGAGAAAGGAACAGUUAUUCUUCCAAAUUCAUCCGCUUCAGCUAUUAUUCUUAUUGGGAAUGGACAAUGGAAUGUUCUCUAGCUUUAUCAUGAUCAAAAACCUCGUUCUGUUUUGUAUUUCCAUGAACUUAGCCAGUCACUUUGGCUUUUCACAAAUGCCAACCAGUUCUGUAAAAGAUGAAACCAAUGACAACAUCACAAUAUUCACCAGGAUCUUGGAUGGGCUCCUGGAUGGCUACGACAACAGACUGAGGCCUGGGCUCGGAGAGCGUAUCACUCAGGUGAGAACGGACAUCUACGUCACCAGUUUCGGCCCGGUGUCUGACACGGAAAUGGAAUACACCAUAGACGUGUUUUUCCGACAAAGCUGGAAAGACGAAAGGCUUCGGUUUAAAGGGCCCAUGCAGCGCCUCCCUCUCAACAACCUCCUUGCCAGCAAAAUCUGGACUCCAGACACCUUCUUCCACAAUGGGAAAAAGUCCAUCGCCCACAACAUGACCACGCCCAACAAGCUGCUGCGGCUGGAGGAUGAUGGCACUCUGCUCUACACCAUGCGCUUGACCAUCUCGGCAGAAUGCCCAAUGCAACUUGAAGACUUCCCGAUGGAUGCCCAUGCCUGCCCUCUGAAAUUUGGCAGCUAUGCAUAUCCUAAUUCCGAAGUUGUCUAUGUCUGGACCAACGGCACAACCAAGUCAGUGGUGGUGGCAGAAGAUGGCUCCAGGCUGAACCAAUACCACCUGAUGGGGCAGACAGUGGGCACAGAGAACAUCAGCACAAGCACAGGUGAAUACACAAUCAUGACGGCUCAUUUCCAUCUGAAGAGGAAGAUCGGGUACUUUGUCAUCCAGACCUAUCUCCCCUGCAUAAUGACUGUGAUCUUGUCACAAGUGUCCUUUUGGCUGAACCGAGAAUCAGUCCCAGCCAGGACAGUGUUUGGGGUGACCACGGUGCUGACCAUGACGACCCUCAGCAUCAGUGCCCGGAACUCUCUGCCCAAAGUGGCUUAUGCGACGGCCAUGGACUGGUUCAUAGCCGUGUGCUACGCUUUUGUGUUCUCUGCGCUGAUCGAGUUUGCCACCGUCAACUAUUUCACAAAGCGAGGCUGGGCCUGGGACGGCAAAAAAGCCUUGGAAGCAGCCAAGAUCAAGAAAAAGGAGCGUGAACUUACACUAAAUAAAUCAACAAAUGCUUAUACUACUGGGAAGAUGACCCACCCCCCAAACAUCCCAAAGGAGCAUACUCCUGCAGGGACCUCAAAUGCCUCUUCAGCCUCAGUAAAACCUGAAGACAAGACUUCUGAAAACAAAAAGACUUACAACAGCAUCAGCAAGAUUGACAAAAUGUCCCGAAUUAUAUUCCCAGUCCUGUUUGGCACUUUCAACCUAGUUUACUGGGCAACAUAUUUGAAUAGGGAGCCAGUGAUUAAAGGGGCUACCUCUCCAAAAUGA